UGGUAUUUGCCGCUGACCAUUGCAGACGCAUUGCUCGCGCUUGUGUUUUCAUUUGGGACGUGGCUUUACCUUGUUUCUUGUCGGUUUUCAUUGAAAAAUUUAUUAAUUGAGGAAAUCCCUCAUCAUGUCAAAAAUAUCACAGAAGUAGCUCGGUUUAGAAAUGAGCUUUGUUGACCUGAACCAAAGACAACAAGAGAAAGGAAAUACAGCCAGAGGUCGUGUGAUAACUAAAUAUGAACCAAAGGAUGAAGAAAAUAAAAACCAAGCUUUUACAGACUCUGGAUCUAUUCACCUAGAGUUUAAUCCAGUACCAGCAGGUGUUGCAUCUAGCACUGCAUCAGAGGAGCGACACUUACCACGGGAAUGGAUGACACAAGAUGUUUUCCUUCCAGGAGAGAGGGUGACGGCAAAGAUUACAGGGGUAGAGCGUAUGCCAAGGACACACCCAUUUAAUCCAAACUUAUAUAGCAUAGAGCUUGAACAUGCUGGUUUUAAGUGGACUAUUCGCCGUCGCUACAAGCACUUCCUCAAGCUGGAUGCUGAACUAUUCCUGAUGCGUGUCGACCCUCGUCAACACAUCAUUCCUGCAUCGAGAGGUCAUCAUAAUCUCCCUAGCCGUCAUCUUCCUCGUAGACCAGACCCUUUUGCCACAACCACUAAUAUGGACUCUAGGAUUGAAAAGCUUGAAAAAUAUUUACAGGUGAUUCUUGACAAUGAGGACUAUCGCAAUCACAAAGAGACAUUAAACUUCCUGGAGAUCAGUGACCUGUCAUUUAAAUAUGACCUUGGCGACAAGGGCAGGGAAGGUGUGCUGAGGAAAAGAGCUGGAGGUCACCGGUUUCCUGCAGGAUGUUGUAGUGUUUGUUCUUCAAUGUCCUGUGGCAUCUGGAGCAAACGCUGGUUCAUUGUCAAGGACAGUUUUGUUGCAUACAUCAGCCAAAAGAAAAAGCGUGUUCGCGGUGUUCUGCUGUUGGACAAGGAUUUUACGUUCUGCCAUGGGCGCGAUGAGACGAACGUUAGACACGGGCUUAUUAUCAGCAACCAAUCAAGAAAGCUUCUGUUGACGUGCUGGACAGACCGAAAAGCCGGAGAGUUCAUGCGCUCUCUUGUUCACGUGAUGGCAACGACGGGUGCUGAAUGGCUACAAACCAACCCACAUGACUCAUAUGCGCCAGUGAGGCCUGAUACGCAGGCGCAAUGGUUCGUUGAUGGCGCAUCGUACUUUGAUUCUGUCGCACUUGCCCUACAGGAAGCCAGGGAAGAAAUAUUCAUUACAGAUUGGUGGCUCAGUCCGGAGAUCUACCUGCGUCGGCCUGUGCGUGAAGGAGACUACUGGCGGUUGGACCAGAUUCUCAAGAGAAAAGCGGAGUUGGGUGUGAAGGUCUACGUUCUCCUGUAUAAAGAAGUGGAACUCGCGUUAACCAUCAACAGCGCUUAUACUAAAGCUCUUCUUACGUCACUUCAUCCAAAUAUCAAGGUGCUACGUCAUCCUGAUCACGUGCCUGGUUCUGGCGUCAUCUAUUGGGCGCAUCAUGAGAAAAUCGUUGCGAUUGAUCAGAAGGUGGCUUUCGUUGGAGGGCUCGACCUUUGUUUUGGCCGUUGGGACGACCAUCACCACCGCCUCACCGACUUUGGUUCUGCUGUCCCGAGUUUCAAGCCACAUAUUCCGCUAAAUAAAACGGAGUUUGAGAUAGGUAGGAUGGGCUCAUUGUUCGUCGAUGGUCACGCGAGCGAGUCGCAGCGUUGCUCGAAAGAUCAGACUGACGGAGGCAUCAAGACUUGGUUCGGAAAAGACUAUUCUAACCCCAUAAAGAGGGAUUUCUUCGAUAUCCACAAACCAUUCGAUGACUCGGUUGACCGGGGCGCCAUACCCAGAAUGCCUUGGCAUGAUGUUGGGGUUGCUGUGUACGGAGUGGCCGCGCGGGACGUGGCACGACACUUUAUCCUGCGCUGGAAUGCAACUAAGCUUGAGAAGGUGAAGGAGAUUGAUCACGUGCCUCUUCUGCUACCGAAGUCCAACAGUGCUCUUAGACACGUGGUAUUACCACCCGAUUCUAAAACAACGCCCCUUGACUGCCAGGUCCUUCGUUCCCUGGGCUCAUGGUCAGCAGGCAUCCCAACAGAGGCUUCAAUACACCAAGCUUACUUAGACGCAAUACACAGGGCUGAGCACUUUAUAUACAUAGAGAAUCAAUUCUUUAUUACCAAUUUACCAGCGGACGGUGUUAGAAAUGAGAUCGGUGAAGCACUUCUGAUGAGAAUACAACGUGCUCACAGGGAAAGGAAGGAGUUCAGAGUUAUCGUGGUCAUGCCAUUACUACCAGCUUUUGAAGGUGAGCUGGGUACACCUACGGGAACAGCAAUCGGCGUCAUCACCCACUGGAACUACCGCUCCAUUUGUCGCGGAGCAGACUCUUUACUCGGGAGGCUUUCCGCGUCAAUAGAGGACCCUUCACGCUACAUAUCAUUCUACGCACUUCGCACGCACUCUGAAAUACACGGAAAACCGAUCACAGAGCUGGUGUAUGUCCAUAGCAAAAUGAUGGUCGUGGAUGAUCGAGUGGCCAUUAUUGGAUCAGCGAAUAUCAACGAUAGAAGUAUGCUGGGGAAAAGGGAUUCAGAAAUUGCAGUUCGUCUGGAAGAUAGGGAACUGGUUUCGUCGGUUAUGAAUGGGGAGGAAUUUCAAGUCGGUCCUUUUGCACACUCACUCCGCACACAUCUCUUCAUGGAACAUCUUGGUCUUGAAUCGUGUUCAGGGCAAUCAACAGACGUCAACGUCCAAGACCCCGUCUCCGAUGGCUUUUACAAGGAUGUCUGGAUGAGAACAGCUGAAAACAACACCAAGAUUUAUAGCGAGGUGUUCCAUUGUCUUCCGACGGACGAGGUCCGAUCAUUUGGCGAAUUGGCCUUGUUUAAGAUGAUUGAGCCUCUUGUCGACAAAGAUCGUGCGGCCGCCCGCGAGUCGGUCAAGUCCAUCAGAGGUCAUCUCGUGACCCUUCCCUUGCAUUUCAUGGAGAGAGAAGACCUCAGACCACCUAUCGGAAGCUCAGAGUAUCUUGUGUCCUCUGGUGUGUUCACGUGAAUACCUCUUGCCGCCUUUUGGAUGUUCAAGUGAAUACCUCCUGCUGCGCUUGCAUAAGGGAGCACCUCUUCUGUCGGGUAGUGGCAUCACGUGAAUGCCUCGUGACGUUUGGUGUACUCAAGUGAAUGCCUUGCGCCGCCUCUUGGAUGUUCACGUGAAUACCACGUGACCUUCUCUUGUUUUCCCGUGGAUAACUUUUGACGUCCGAUUUGAAAAGUGAAUACCCCGUGUCUAUUGAUUUGAUCGAGAUUCAAUUAUGCUGACGAAGUCACAUCACUGAAUGGACCAAUAAGAAUGUUUGUUUUGACGUAAAAUGUUUACACACCGCACUGUAUUACUAAUAGUUAAGCACGGUUUAUAAUAAACCGUGAUAAAGAAAUACAAAGAAACAUAAAGAAUAAUAUUUAUUAGAUUAGUAUGUAAUGUUACACUGUUGCUUCUAUUCAAUGCCUUUCGAGAGGCAACUGCUUUUAAGGUUACACACCAUACAAAGGAUACUGCCUUAUUAAGACACGCGUCUUUUUAAAAACCACCAUAUAAGGGCACCCGCCAUACAAAGACAUCCGUCUUACUAGGACACCUAUCUUACUAGGAGUUUCUUAAAGAAAGUGGAGUGCUGUGAGCAGCUACAACUAGGCAGUGCAAUAUAAGUAACGGUGUUUCAAGAAAAAUCGUGUAUUAAAAUUACCAGAACGAAGUGAAA